UAAUUUACAGAAAAUGACUUGUAGUGAUUCUAUAAUAACAGUUCCUUGGGAAUCAUUGACAAAAGAAUUGGAAUAUAUACCUAUUGAAAUAAGAUUACAUUUAGCAUCUAUAAUCAACAUAUUACAAUCAUCUGAUAAACAAAUAACUUCAGAAAAAUGGAUAAAUACUUCAUUAAUAAGGCUGGAAGCUUGUUUAGAUCGUACAUGGGAGGUAUUGAAUUCAGGCUAUUGGAAAAAUGUCCCAAUAGAAUAUAGAUAUUGCUAUUCUUUAUGUAUUAUUAUAAAGGUAUUGAAAUAUUUAGGCUGUAUACAUCAUUGGAAAGCUUUAACAUUAUGGAAAAAUCCUAACUAUUUGAAUAAGAUCGCAGGAUCCAGGACGGUACCAAUUGAAAUUGGAUCUCGUUAUACUGAAGAAGAUUGGACGCAGCAUCUUGUUAAUUUUUCUGAAUUUUUACAAAAACAUGUUAUUGAAAAUAAUAGCGAAAUUGGUUAUUUAGCACAGCAUCAAUUGUUCGAACAGAUACCAGAAUUAAAAAAGGAUUUUGAAGUACCGGAGUAUUGUUGUUUUUUGGAUAGUGAGGAAAAUGAUGCGGAAAUUGAUAUAAAUGCUUGGUUCGGACCGGCUAAUACAGUGUCGCCUUUGCAUUUUGAUCCAAAAAAUAAUUUGCUUUCUCAGAUAUUUGGCUACAAAAGAGUUAUUUUAUAUUCUCCCGCCGAGACAAAUAACUUGUAUCCUUAUGAUACUAGGUUACUUAACAAUACUGCGCAAGUAGAUCCUGUAAGACCAGAUUAUGAUAAGUGGCCAAAUUUUCGUAAAGCUAGUGGCAUGACAUUUUAUUUAAAACCUGGAGAAAUGUUAUAUAUUCCACCAAAAUGGUGGCAUCACGUAACCGCCCUUACUCCGAGUUUCUCGGUCAGUUUCUGGUGGAAUUAAUAUUUCUUUUACAUAAAUAUAUAAUUAACAAAUGAAU